UGUGACCGGUGUACUCAAAUAAAAUGUCCAUCUGUCCAUAUACUCAAACUGAUUUUAUAGUUUAGUUUAUAUAAUAUUCAUAAUAUUGCGGACUGCUUAACAGCAUUUUAAAUUGUUAAGAAAAGUGUUUUCCUGUUUAAACAUGAUCUAAUAGGCAGACGAUUGUAAAACAAAAAAUCUUGACGUAUUGAAGUGCACAUGUGACUUUUUUAUCUGUAUGUUUUAUCAAUGGACUAUAAUAAUGAUUCUUUUCACUUGGGAAGUAUGAGCGACAGGCGUUAUAGAAAGGAGGCCCUGUCUAUAAGUGAGGAGAUCCGGGAAGCUGAAAGCCAGAAAGAAGAGGACAAUGGCGAAGGAGGUGCCCACUUCACGUCGACGUUUGGGCUUGUGCUCUCAUGCAUGGGAUGUGUUGUGGGUACAGGGAAUAUCUGGAGAUUUCCGAGGAUAGUUGCUCAAAACAGUAAUGAAGAAGGUGGUCUGGUGUUCCUGAUUGUGUGGUUGCUGUUUCUCUUCCUCUGGUCAAGUCCACUCUUAAUGCUGGAAUAUGGAACAGGUCGAUAUACCAAAAUGGCAGUACUCGGGUCUUUCCGGAAAUUCCUUGGCGACAAUCAUAUAUGGUGCGGUGCAUGGAUAUCCAUGGUAACAUUUUGUAUCAGCUGUUUUUAUUCUGUUGUACUUGGUUGGUGUUUCUACUAUUUUGUCUACUACAUUGGACAUAAUCUGCCUGCCAGCAAAGAGGAGUCACAGCAAACAUUCAGAGAUUAUGCGGAGGAAAGCUACUGGCCAGUAUUGACACAUUUUAUAGCAAUAACUCUUGGUGCUCUGUGUGUAACAAGAGGAGUUAAGACGAUAGAGAAAGUAAGCAUGGUGCUGGUUCCCCUGUUACUGCUCAUCAUUCUGUUCACGUUCACGUGGUCUCUCACGCAAAAGUACACAGACGUCGGCAUCAAAUUCCUCUUUACGCCACAUUGGGCAUCAUUCAAAGAGCCGAGGUUAUGGGUUGAUGCAGUCAGUCAGAACGCGUUUGACACGGGGGCAGGGAUGGGGCUAAUGAUACCGUACUCUGCCUACAUGACCAAGAAGAACGGUAUUGUCAAAUAUGGUCAUCUCGUUCCAGCAAUAAACAAUCUAGUCAGUUUGAUAUGCGGUAUUACUAUAUUUGGCACGGUAUUUUCGUCACUAAUGGAGAGUAGACCUGCAGGAACUCAGGCAGAUAUUGUUGAGAUCAUGAAAGACAGCGGACCAGCUAGCACGGGGCUUACUUUUAUAUGGAUGCCGGUGUUGUUCGAAACUAUUGGAACGUUUGGUCGUGUAAUGGCGGUGUUGUUCUUCUUGUGUUUGUCUUUUGCUGGGAUAACGUCCUUGAUGUCAAAUUUUGAGCUUAUGACAAAAACAUUCACAGAUUUUGGGUUGGAAAGAAAAUAUGGGAUGCCGUUAACUGUGAUACUGACAUUUUCAGUUGGUCUUCCGUCAGCCUUAAACAUAAAUGUCCUCACUAAUCAGGAUUUUGUCUGGGGAUUUGCACUGGUAAUAAACGGACUGAUGCUGUUGUAUAUGGCAAUGAGAUUUGGGGUUUCAAAGUUUCGAGAUGAGGUUGUCAAUAAGUACAGCGAGAAUGACUGGAAGCUUAGUAUACUGUGGGAAAUUAUCAUACGGAUAAUAGCCCCGAUUGAGGCAGUUGUUUUAAUAGUAUGGUGGGCCAUUGAUCUAAUAACGAAGGAUGCAGGAGACGGCGAGGAUUGGUACAUAUACGGCCGGGAAACUCUCGUCAUGACAAUAACACAGUGGUUCGGGUUAAUGUUGAUACUGAUCCUUAUAAACUUUAUCUACGUGCAAGUUCGAGGGGAGAAAGGCCGAACAUUUUCGCGGAACAGUGAAUCCGAACCGUUGGUAAUUCGACAAAGAAGUCGGGCGUUCACAAGAGAGUUCGACAAUUCUUACAACAUGGCACGUAACCUGGACGGAUCAGUAAAAGAAUUAAAAUUAUAGAAGGAAUAUCUCAAGUGGAAAUAACGUCUUUAACGUGCACUUUUUAAAGAAGAGAUAACAAGAUAUUGUUAGUAUUAUUAUUCGUAAUUCUCAGUUAAAUUCUUCCGUGAAAGAGAUUAUAUUCCUGCCUAUAUCAUUUGCACGGGGAAAUGUAAUCCCUUGCGAAGGAAUAUAGGAAAACGGAAGUCACGUGCCAUCAAAUCUUUUAAAUAUGUUAUGAGUAUAAUUUAGUAAGGUGCAUGUGGUAGUCUUUUAGUAGAAAUUAAUGUAUGAGUAAGGCAAAACCUCGCAUCUAUACCAAUGUAAAAUGUUGUUUUCUUUCCAUUCACCGUUUCAACGGUUACAGAUCAGAAAAGGUUAAAGGUCACUAUUUCAACUCCCUUUGUUUCAUAUGCAUAUCUGAUUUACAUAUUAACACCACUUUUUCCAACACCUACUUUUCAUGAAAGUUCAAUAUCAGAUUGAUGAAAAAAAUAGAAAGAAUAUAGGAAUUGAAUAGUUCCGCACGAAACUCAAGCCAGCGGUGGUCUGCUACAUUGAAGAAGACGCAUAUCUGCAGAUCACCCGUUCUGCAUGAAAAUGCCGAAAAAUUGGAAAAUUGGGAUCUACGGCAUGUCUUUUAUAUAGGAUUUCUUCCGACUACGUCAAGGAAACACAUUUUUGACCUAAUCGAUCAUUUUAUUCCAAAAUAGACUUACAACGCCUAACUCUCAUGGCGUUUUGCAAUGUAAUACACUUUGCGGAACAUACUUAGAUAUAUAAAAAUCCUUUACAUUUUAAUAUGGAUUCUAGCGGCUUCUGUCACUUUCUUGAGGUUGAAUUACAAGAAACUAUUAUUACACAUAUAAAAAUUAUCACACAAAAUCAUUAUUAUCCCAUAAGCUGUAACACUAUACGAAAUUCGUAUCAUUCGAAAAUGCACACACUAAAAUGUAUUCCAAACAUUGUUAUUUGAUAAGAAAAAGAUACAUGAGACAAAAAGUAAAAAUAUAAAUAAAAUACCAAAACACAAAUAUAGCAAUAUUGAAUUUCAAAUCGAAAAACUUGGCUUCGUGUUGAUAGAAAAGGGAUUUUUUUCUAUUUUCUCCCAACAAAGUAUCCGACUACAGAAAAUGUAUUCAACUUUCAAUUAAUUUAACAUCAGCCUAGAAUUUUAUACAUUUAACGGAGGUAAUGUAAUUUUUAUUUCAAAUAAUCAUAUUCAUUAAUCUGAUGACGUGCGGGACAGAGGUCAAAUGGUGUUUAAAAAGUGUUAACAAAAAAAUAAAUACAUUUUCGUCAUCUUGUAAACUACAACACUCGCUUUCCGAGCAAGACCUAUGGGCCUGCUCUUCGGUUUUUUCCCCACUUAAGUGCAAUACUGUUAAGAUUUGAUAUUUGUCUUUUUGUUUAUUUAUAUUUUUUCAUUUCAUACAUGAUUGUAGUUACUAAAUUUGUUAAUUCUACAUA